AGCCGCAGCUGGCUGCGCCAAACACAGGGGACCAGGCCGCAUGACAUCCAUGUGAGGCUACUGAGCUGCCUGCUGCUACGGUCUGAAACACACAUACUGGCAUCUCAAAGACACCACCAUGCCCAAGAAAUCGAAAGAAGAGCCGAUGUGGGAAGGGGAAGAGGUCCCAUCCGUGGCAGCCCCAGAGAAAACUGUGAAGAAAGGGAAGAAGGACAAAAAGGGGAAAAAGAGUUUCUUUGAGGACCUCGCUACAGACGACAAAGUCGAAGCAGAGGAGCCGGCUGUGAAGGAGACGCAGGGGAAGCAGAAAAAGAAGAAAGACCGCCGGAAAGGACGAGCCGGUGACGCCGACGAUGAUGACGACGACGAGCAGAUCAUGCAGCGGCUGAAGAAGCUGUCGGUGCAGCCGAGUGACGAGGACGAUGAAGAUGAGCCAGCGGUUGUCCCAAGUAAGAAAGGAGGCAGAAAGAAUAAGGGGGGGAACAUCUUUGCUGCCCUCAGCCAGGGUGGGAGCGACGAGGAGGAAGGUGGAGAGGACCUGGAGUCUGAGGACACGCCGUCAGCCAAGGAGGUUGAGGUGGUUUCUAAAGGAAAGAAAAGAGAUAAACUUAAGUCCAAGAAGGUUAAGGAUGUAUCCGAGGAUGACGAUGAAGAAGAAAAAAAGGAUGAAGAUGAGAAACCUGUGCUGAAAAAUAAGAAGGUAGAAGCUAAGAAGGUAGAAGCUAAGAAGGUGGAAGCUAAGAAGGUAGAAGCUAAGCAGCCUGAAGCUAAGCAGCCUGAAGCUAAACAGCCCAAGCCUGUGGAAAAAGAAGAGGAGAAGCAAAAGAAAGGCAAGAAAGACCCGCCGAAGAAGCACGUUGAGUGGAAGCGUAGUAGUGAUGAGGAGGAGGAGGAUGACGACAACGAUGAUAGUGACGGAGAUGACAUGAUGAAGUGUGCUGAAGACGUUAUAGCCGAGCAGGCGAAGAAGGAUGAAGACGACCCAUUUGCUAAUCUCAGUAAGAAGGAGAAGAAGAAGAAAAAGAAGAUGAUGGAGUAUGAGCGGCAGGUGGCUAGCGUGCGGGCUAAAAGCGCCAUAGAGGGAGACUUCUCAGUGUCACAGGCCGAGAUGUCAUCAAGACAGGCCAUGCUGGAGAACGCCUCGGAUAUCAAGCUGGAGCGGUUCAGCAUAUCUGCUCAUGGAAAAGAGCUGUUUGUCAACGCUGACCUCCUGAUCGUCGCAGGACGAAGAUAUGGCUUGGUUGGACCAAAUGGAAAAGGAAAGACCACAUUGCUGAAACACAUCGCCAACCGAGCGUUGAGCAUCCCCCCCAACAUCGACUGUUUGCUGUGUGAACAAGAGGUGGUGGCGGACGACACGCCGGCGGUGCAGGCGGUGCUGAAGGCGGACACCCGCCGCCUGAAGCUGCUGGAGGAGGAGCGCAUGCUGCAGGCCCUGCUCGAGAAGGGGGAGGACAGCGUCUCCGAGCGGCUGGACAAGGUCUACGAAGAGCUGCGGGCCAUCGGGGCAGCGGCGGCCGAGCCCAGAGCCCGCAGGAUCCUGGCUGGUCUGUCCUUCACCCCCGAGAUGCAGAACCGGCCGACCAAGAAGUUCUCCGGGGGCUGGAGAAUGAGGGUGUCCCUUGCUAGGGCCUUGUUUAUGGAGCCCACUCUGCUCAUGCUGGAUGAGCCUACCAACCACCUGGAUCUGAACGCCGUCAUCUGGCUCAACAACUACCUGCAAGGCUGGAAGAAGACUCUUCUUAUAGUUUCCCACGACCAGAGUUUCCUGGAUGAAGUGUGUACAGACAUCAUCCACCUUGACUACCAGAAGCUCUUCUACUACCGGGGCAACUACUUGACCUUCAAAAAGAUGUACGUGCAGAAACAGAAAGAGCUCCAGAAGCAGUACGACAAGCAGGAGAAGAAGCUCAAGGAUCUAAAGGCGGGGGGAAAGUCCACCAAGCAGGCCGAGAAGCAGACCAAGGAGGCUUUGACCAGAAAACAGGCCAAGGGCAAAAAGAAGGGAGGCGUUGAGGAAGAGAGCAAGGAGAGCACAGAGCUGCUGAAGAGACCCAAGGAGUACACGGUCAAGUUCACCUUCCCCAACCCCCCCACUCUCUCACCGCCCAUCCUGGGACUGCACAGCGUUGAUUUUGGCUACGACGGCCAGAAGCCUCUGUUCAAGAACGUAGAAUUUGGAAUUGACAUGGAGUCGAGAAUUUGCAUUGUUGGGCCCAACGGCGUUGGAAAGAGUACCCUGUUGUUGCUCCUCACCGGACGAUUAAAUCCGGGCAAAGGUGAAAUGAGGAAGAAUCAUCGACUGAAAGUGGGCUUCUUCAACCAGCAGUACGCCGACCAGUUGAACAUGGACGAGGCCGCCACAGAGUACCUGAUGAGGAACUUCAACCUCCCCUAUCAGGACAGCAGGAAGUGCCUGGGGCGCUUCGGCCUGGAGAGCCACGCACACACCAUCCAGAUCUCCAAACUCUCAGGUGGUCAGAAGGCCAGAGUCGUGUUUGCAGAGCUCUCGUGUCGCCAGCCUGAUGUUCUCAUUUUGGAUGAACCCACUAACAAUCUGGACAUUGAGUCCAUCGAUGCUUUGUCAGAGGCCAUCAACGAGUACAAAGGAGCCGUGAUCAUCGUGAGCCACGACGCCAGGCUCAUCACAGAGACCCAGUGCCAGCUGUGGGUGGUGGAGGACAGCGCCGUCAACCAGAUCGACGGAGACUUUGAGGACUACAAGCGUGAAGUGUUGGAAUCAUUGGGAGAGACCCUGGUCCACAAGAUCAAGGAGAAAGAGUGACAUUGCUAUACACACACAACUGGUCAGGGGGCGGUCGUAUGAAGAGCAGCGCUGUAUUGCCACUCAAUGUACUGAUAGUGCCCCCGUCUUGAAGGGUUUUGCAUGUUUUACCAAGGGACAAUGAAUCUGAAUAAAGCCUAAAUUUAACAUCACAUGACUAGUUAACCAAGAAAAUAUGUUUAACAGCAAGAACGUAAACCAAUGAGAAUUAAAACAUUUUAUUUUAAUUGUUUGGUAAAUCAUGUAAUGACGAAAUUGUGGACAGCUCAAAUGGAAAAAGGACACUUUAUUUCCACAUCACUCAACAUGUAUAUAGAUUUUUCAUACCCCCUAUUUGAGAUAGGCCUUGUAUAUUUUCUUCACUUUAGCAACUUCUUUCUCGUCAGGCACCAUCUUGUCAUACCAUGUGUACCAUGGCUCUCCAGAAGUCAAACAUGCAGGAGUUGGUGUUGAACCCACUGCAUCAUGGGAAUUGGAAAAGUCUUCCGCCAAGAAUUCCACAUGGGGUAUUUGGAAUGGUAGUAAACCUGUGGAAAUUAUCAAGAAAGGGAUGUCUUGACAUUUUCCCAUAUAUUUUCUCUUGCAAUUGCUCAAAUUAAACAAGACUAAUGUAGGAAUAAGCCAAUUAGGUAUUUAGAAUUCAAAAGACUGGUUAUACUUGAGUUUCAAAGAGGAACAGAUUUACACCAGCCCCAUCAUUGAAGUAAUGGUAUGCAGCCAGUGAGAAGAGUCGGGCCAUAUUAUCAUACACCAAGCUAGCCAUACUGACAGUUAACCCAUGCAUUCGAAUCAUAAUAAAAAUGCAUUACUUCAACCUA